UUCGGCUCUUUGAGAUGGAUUUGGGACUUAACUUUUGGAAUCCUGGAUUUGUAAUGCGGUCUGUGUUUUGAUACUAAAAUUCUCCUGUGCGGUGGUUGUCGCUCCUACCAAACGCACCCUCAGAGUCAGUCAGAAGGCCAUAAACAGUGGGUGGUUGGUUCUGAGCAUUCGUGGAAUUGAUUGGACAUCUCUUUUCGGCAGAGCUGUGGAUGAGAUAGAUGGGAAAGAAGGAGGAACAGCAUAUGGUGAAGAAUGGAGGUAUGGUAUUGGAGGAGCUGAUAUCUACAGGGAAUGGUAGAUGUAAUCCAAUUCGUAACUUCUCUGCCAAACAACUCCUUGAAGCCACAAACAACUUUCAUUCACCUUCCUUCACUACUCGUGGAGAAGAAAAGUGGUUCAAAGCUUUUGUAAACAACCGUCCAGUUUUAAUCAAGAAAGUCUGUUGUUCAGAACCGUCUCUUACAGAGGUAUGCCGUGACAUAGCAAUAUCAUCGCAAAUGAGCAGCCACGGUCGAGUUCUGAAACUACUAGGUUGCUGCCUGGAGUUUCCUGUUCCAGCCUUGGUUUAUGAAGAUGCUGAGAAUGGACCUCUUAACAGAUACGGAGGCACUAAUGGCCAAUCACUUCCAUGGAUGACGAGGUUGAGAAUUGCCAAGGACAUUGCCAAUGCACUUACCAACCUCCACACUGCAUUUUCUAGGCCUAUCAUCCAUCUGAGUGUCGAACCUUCGAAUGUGCUUUUAGAUACGGAUUUUGUUCCCAAACUCUGCAAUUUCUCUCGCUCGGUAUCCAUUCCCGAAGGUGAAACACAAGUGAAAGUUUUACAGUUCUCAGGGACAUUUGGAUUCCUUGACCCUCACUACAUUAAUACAUUUUCUGCUACAGAGAAAACCGACGUCUAUAGCUUUGGAGUAUUUCUACUAGUCCUUCUAACUGGAAAACCAGCUUGUGAUAUGCAAGGGCGAUUGGUAGACUUUGUUGCUAAGAAACCAUGGAAUGAAAUAGUGGAUUCUACUAUACUGGAAGAGGAAGGAGUAACUACUGAAAAGCAGCAGAAAAAACUGCUAGAUUUUCUAAAUUUGGGGCUGAAAUGCACUCAAGACGGGUGUGAAGAUAGGCCAACGAUGAUUGAUGUGGCAAAAGAACUCGUCCGGAUUCACAGCUCUACCCCAGCUCCUUAGUACCUUAACCUUUUAUUAUGUCUCACCUGCAUAUAUAUGUGCAUAUUAUUAUUUCUCUAUAUAUAUGCAUAUCAAGCCUUCAACUAUCUUAAGCAAUUCGUUCCUCGUGCUGAUUUGUAUUUUUCAAAAAAAAAAAACUAUAUAUUUUAAUUGUGCUCAUUUUCAUAUUUUAGAUGUAUAUGUGAAGAACAACAAUGAUCAUAGUUGUCCAAUUUAAAAAGGUCCCUGAUUUAUGACCCACCCAUACUUG